GGGCGUGGCCCGGGGUGGCCGCCUGACCGGCGCGACCGCCGCGCCCACCUCCUUCCUUCUCUACCCGGCCUCUUGUGGGACCGGCCCAAGUCCUUGCGGGCCCCUGCGCUUCCCAGCCCCGGCGCCAGCCUUCUCCUGUGGGGCGGGGCCCCGACUUCCCUCUCCCACGCCCUGCUGGGUACCGGUGCCCCGCCGUCCUCUGCUCCGCCAGGGGUCCCCGUCUCUGGCCCGGCCCCAUGGCGCUGCAGGCGCUGCAGAGCUCGGGGGUGGCCUUCCGCAAGAUCCUGUCUCACUUCCCCGAGGAGCUGAGCCUGGCUUUCGCCUACGGCUCCGGGGUGUACCGCCAGGCAGGGCCCUGCUCGAACCAGAAGAAUGCCAUGCUGGACUUUGUGUUCACCGUAGAUGACCCUGUCGCGUGGCAUUCAAAGAACCUGAAGAAAAACUGGAACCAUUACUCCUUCCUCAAAGUUCUGGGGCCCAAGAUGAUCAGCAACGUCCAGAAUAACUACGGCGCCGGCGUUUACUACAAUCCGUUGAUCACAUGUGACGGGAGGCUUAUCAAAUAUGGAGUUAUUAGCACUAGUAUUUUGAUUGAAGAUCUCCUCAACUGGAAUAACUUAUACAUUGCUGGACGACUCCAAAAACCGGUGAAGAUCAUCGCACUGAAUGAGAAUGUCGCUCUCAGGUCAGCCCUGGAUAAAAAUCUCAAGAGCGCUGUGACCGCGGCUUUCCUCAUGCUCCCCGAGAGCUUCUCCGAGGAGGACCUGUUUCUAGAGAUCGCCGGACUCUCCUAUUCAGGUGACUUUCGGAUGGUGGUGGGAGAGGAUAAGGCAAAAGUGUUGAAUAUUGUGAAGCCCAACAUAGCCCACUUCCGUGAGCUGUAUGGCAGCAUUCUGCAGGAGAACCCCCAAGUGGUGUAUAAAAUCCAGCAAGGCAGCCUGGAGAUAGAUAAAAGCCCAGAAGGACAAUUCACUCAGCUGAUGACAUUGCCCAAAACCCUACAGCAGCGAAUAAAUCACAUCAUGGACCCUCCUGGGAAAAACAGAGACGUGGAAGAAACGCUGUUGCAAGUCGCUCACGACCCCGACUGUGGAGAGGUGGUGCGGCUAGGGCUCUCGGCAAUCGUGAGACCUUCCAGCAUGAGGCAGAGCACCAAAGGCAUUUUCACUGCUGGUAUUGUCAAACGAUGGACUUUCUAGCUCCGUCUUUCUUUCUGCAGCCAUCUACUGAGCAUCCCUCAGCUGCACGCCACACAGGGUACCAAGUGAACACAAGCCCAUCCUGCCAUCAAGGACUCCAUAACCUAGGAGGGAAGACGGGCAUAAACAGAAGUUGACAGUACAGGGGAUAAAUGGCACAGAGGUGACCAGAGGAAGAGAGUGAUCUCUCAGCCUGAUUCUGAUCCCUGGGCUGAGGCUGCCGGGGAGCUGCACACAAUCAUACCUCCUGACAGCUCACCCCCCGCUGCCUGGGCACUGCCAAGGGUGGCCCUCCUGAGUCUUCGGGGAGAUUCAGCCAGGGAGUCAACAAGGGUUUAGUAGCACAUAUGCCAGAAAUACUCAGCUGAAGAUUUUCCUGGCAUGCAGGGGUGCAUGGCUUUGCGUUUCCAAUUAAGGUAUUUAUUUAAUCUAUCUUCCUGCUGAUUUGUCCUGGCAAGGCCGAAUAUGAGGUGCUUCUGUUUGCUGGGUGGCUCAGGCUGUUAAUCUGUGCUCUGCAUGAUCGCAGCUGCUUUGCCAUAACCCUCCUGGGGUGAGGCCAGGUGCUUGGGCACCUUUUACUUUUGGCUUCCUGUGCUAUAAGGAACUGCAAGGUUUACUGAUUUUCUUUUUUAGUUGUGAUAAUGCUGGUGUUACAAGGUUAAAAAUCAUUUUCUUUUAGAAAUACGUACUAAGAUAUUUACAGAUGGAAUGACAGGUGUCUGAGACUUCUUCAAAAGAAAAUAUGGUAGAGGGACGUGGGUGAGGAGGGUGACGCAAGAUUGGCCCUGAGUUGGCACAUUGUUGAAGCUGGGUGAAUGUGUGUGGGAACACACUGUGCUGUUCUUUUAUAAAUCUGAGUUUUCCUCAAAUAAAAGUUUUCGGGAAAAAUCCCUCCUUAUCUCUUGAUACGUCAACCUGAAGUCAAUCUCUGAUCCUCUUUCCACUUGUUCUUUCCCAUCGCCAGCAGAGGGCGGUGGAGAUCGCCUCAUAGAGCCACAGCCCAGGCUCCCCCGGGGCCGGAGCACCCAGUGCUAGUUCCCUGGCGUGCUUGCUGCCUGCUUUCCUUUCCCUUCUAAAGAUGCCUCGUUGGAUUGUGGAAGUCCAGAGUGACCACCAAGGUCUCAGGAACUGCGGAAAGUGACAAGCAUUCCUAAAUCCUCUGGGUUUCCUACCUGUGCUGUGCCUUCUCUGGUGCACGGGGUUGAGGGCAGGGGUCUGUGAGUCCGGGACGAGGGUUCCAGUUCCAGCUCAGAUACUGUGACGUGGGUGAGUUACCUGAUUUUUCCGGGUUUGAAUUUCAUAGGGAUAGUUCUACCGACCUUACCAGGUCGUGAAAAGAUACAUGAAAGUAUCCAGCACCGUGUCUGGUCUUUCCUCUUUGGUUUCCUCACCCGAGCAUCUCCGGACCUCUCUCUGGAACGUGCUGGUCCCUUCACCUGUCUGCAUCUGGAGGAGGCGAGCAGCCAUGGGCCCCUCGUGGCAAGCACAGACCCUCUCUCCUCCUGCGCUCUGCUUUUAGAAGUCCUCUUGCUGUAAUCAGAGAAGAGGUGCAAGCAGUAUUCAGAAGGCAGGUCACUGGAUCUUGGUGGUCGGAGGGAUGUGGCAGGGAAGGAGGGGCAGAGAUAGCUCCCAGGUCUCUGGCUCCGGAGGCAGGAGACAGCGGUGCCCUUCCUGGAGGUGAGGGAGCGUCGGGGAGGAGGAUGAGUUUAAUUUUUGAAAUUUUGCUCUAUUUUCCCCACUUGACUUUCUGGUUAAUCAGAAUGAACUGUGGGGUCAAAUACUUGUUUACCUCUCUAGCUACGAAAGAUUCAACUGAAUUAGCAAGACAGCUUGAGUCUUAAUCCUAAACAGAUUCCAGCGGGCCUCAGUUUGACCCUCACAGCCCUUCCCUGAGCAUCACAAAAGGCAUCACUGAUUGUCCCCUGCUUUUUCAUUUUUUUUUUUUAUAACCGAAACCUUUUUUGCCCCCAUUUUUUGGUACCUACACGUUUAAAUAAGAAAACCACAUGAUAGCAGUUAAGAUUUUUCUGGUGAUAUAUUUAUCAUUUAAACCUGAAAGCUUUAAAAAUAAAUUGUACUUCUGUCUCAGAGGAGAUUUUCUUUGUAGAUACAGCUCCUGUGGCUGGAAAUUAAUUGGAGGAAGGUUACUGAUUUCCUCAUUUAUAAAAGUACAGGAAGGUGGCAACCUCUCACAACCUGGUCGCAUCCCUGUCUCAUGUUGUUUCCUGGAGAAUUUUGUCUGUCCUUGGACUCAUCAGUUUAAGGUCACAUAGGGAAUUCGUAGUCUUACGUGUGUAGUCAUUUUGCGUAGGUCCCAUGAAACAAGCUGGAAAUCAACAGAAGAAAAACCUUAGGAGCCACAUAGUGAAGUGGAUUCCCAUGUGCUUCCAGAACAAAAUCCUGACUUUGGCUGCCACUCAGAGUUCACGACGAUGAGCUUCAAGGCAGUAAGGAUCUGCCUAAAGGGACGUAACUAGGAGACUUGGCAUCUCUACCCACUGGGCAGGAGCACAGGUGACCAGGAUGGCUCUUAGAGUAAAGUUUCUCUCCUAGCAGGUUGUCUUCUCAAGACGCAUUCUAAAUGCAGGCUUCCUAAAUCACCAUCCUUUUCUUUAGAAAGGAAGCAAAACCCAAACGUAAACUUGGUGUCGGCCCAGUAGACCUCUGUGGAUUGGAAUCUCUGUGAGGGCAGAGGCCAGAACUGCUGCUCGUACCAGUGUCCCCAGCAGCUAGCUCAGGUCUUGUAGGUGCAGGUGCCCAGUGAAUUCUUGUUCACAGUAUUUCAGUGACUGAAUACAUGGAAGAUCCGGAAUCUUCUGGCCUUAGGAGAAAUCUCCAUAUAUACAGAGAAGUGCACAAAUGUGGUGAAUUUUCACAAAGGGAACACACUCAUGAGCCCAGUGCCCAGUUGAAGAGCUAUAACAGGGCCAGUCCCCAGAGCCCCACUGUGUCCCAUCCGUCACCACCCCUCCAACAGUAACUGCAAAUGCCCUGCUUCUGUUUUGCCCAUUUUUGAACUUAACAUAAAUACGAACCUCCUUGUGUCUUUCGCUCCUCGUACCAUCGCUGAGAUUCAUCGCGGUGUUGGGAGAAGUACACUGAUUCUCGUUGCAACUAGUCCAUUGCAUGACUAUUGCACGAUUUAUCCGUUCUACUGUUGGUGAUUCCCUGGGUUGCUUCCAGCUUGGAGCUGCUUCUCAGAGUCCUGCUGUGCGUGUUUUGUGCCUGACUCUUGGUGAGCGUACGUAUGCAUCAGGUUAGGUGUCUGCGUAGGGAAUUACUGGAUCAUAAAGGACGCGAAUGUCCAGCUGCAGGAGAUGCUACCGAACAGUUGUCCAAAUCACUCCCGUGGGCGGAGUUCCUGCACCUCCGUGGCCGAUGCUUGGUACUGUGUCAUCCUCACUUCAGGCACUCUGGUAGGUGAGUCGUGGUGUCAUACUGGAGUUGUAACUUAUGUUUUCCUGACGACCAGUGAAGUUUGGGUGUUUGUUCAUGUGUUUACUUGGAUAUACUCUUUUGUGAAGUGCCUCUUCUAGUGUUUUGUUCAUUUUUCUGUUGAACUGUCUGCCUUUUCCUUACACUGAAUUCUCCAUGUGGCCUGGACGCAGGUCCUUCACUGGGUAUGUGUGUAGUGCAAAGCUCACUCACUCUGGGGCUUGUCUUUUGACUCUCUUAAUGGUGUCUUUUGGUGAAAAGAAGGGCUUAAUCUUACUUAGUCCAGUUUAUCAAUUUUGUCCUUUAAGGUUAGCAGCGUUUUGUGUCCUGGUUAGGAAAUUUUGCCUCCUUCAAGUUCAUGAAGUUUCAUCCUCCACCUUUGUUGCAAUUAAAAUAUUAAGGCAGAAAGGGUUUUUCCUUCUAAUCUGUUAGUUCUUAACCUUUUGCAAAUCCUGGCUCCCCUGUGAGCCUGACUAAAACUCGGGGCUUCUGCACAGAUGUGUGCACACAGCAGACUGCCCAUGGUUCCAGGGAGCUCACAUGCUGACGUCGGAGAACCCCUCAUCCCGUCCAGCCCUGCACUCUGCCCAGAGAAGGGGUCACCCUGUGGCCCAGCUGGGGCUACAUCCACGUCUCCUGACUCCCAUUCCAGUGCUCUUCUUAAUGCAGUUCCCUGCUGUGAUCUUUCUGAGAAUGUGUCUCUGGCAGAGCCGUCGAAAGGAGAGACUUUUUAAUGAAGAGAAGUUUCUGUCCGGUGGCGGCAAAACAUGUGGCUCCAUGGGGACCCUCCUGGGCUUCCGUGUGCUCACCUUCAACGCUAGGUCCUCGCAGCCUGUAAGUGAGGUUUUCCAAGCUGAUCCCGGACUUACCACGGUCCAUGCAUCUUCCUCUCGCUGUGACUCGGCGCCCCAGGGUUGCUCUGUUAACCUCUCUGUGUGCAACCACCUUAGUGACUUGAUUGGUUCUGGCUGGAAUUUUUAAAAGCACCUUACGUAAUGAGUGUUCGGUCUCAAUGCUCAGAUGGGUGAGGCUUACCAGAGUGGUUGCUCCGGGGAGAAAAUUAAAAGGAGUGGAGGCGGAGAAAGCAGCUCCGAGGCUCUUGGCUAGGCUGUUGGUUUGCAGUAGUCAGUCCGUGGACCAGCCAUGCCAGCGUUUCUAGAAGCAUCUGCUAAUGGUUUUACUGGUACCCUGCCUUUUUACCUGCCAGUGCCUGUAGUAGCCUUGUGAAAGGUCCUCAGUGCACCAGGCCGCCUACAGGUAGUGUGGCAGGUGUUCUCAAGAGAGCACAGACUCCAGGGCGGGGAGUGUCCGGAACCAGCCCGGGGACUGUCAGCAGUGCCCCCUGAGCGCACCGCCUCUGACGCCCGCAGUGCGGCCGCGAUCUCGUCCUCAGCGUGGAGGGGGUUGAGCCCACGGUACCGCCUGCACGUCAGAUCCCAGGGGAUCUGACAGGCGGUAACAUCUCGUUUAUUCUGUCUCGUGUGACUUCUUUCCCGUGAGCCCCAGAGAGCCUCUUCUCCGGUUUCAUCGGGUGCCUGUGGUUAUGUAGGCGGGGUGCUAGAAGGUUCCAAGUCUGAGUGAGGUGCUUCUGCUCCAUCAUUACAAGUGCUUACUGAGCACCUCUGUGCUGGGUUCAGCACCGGGUAAUGGGGACCCAGUGAUGAGUCGGACAAGGUCCCCGUCCUCACAUGGCGCCUGGUCUGGGCAGCGGGGCAGGCGAGCACCGCAGUGUGGUGAGGGCCGGGCUGGAGGCGCGCGCCGGCCGUGGGACGGGCGGUCGGUGUCUGAGUCAGCCCAGAGGGGCUUCGGAGCCUCCCAGGCGCAGAGGGACGGAGACGCCCCUCGCGGAGACCAGCGGCAGUGCGCUGGGGGUGGUUGGGAGACACUGGUGGGUGGAAAGGGGGCCGAGGUUGCCCACUUACACACAGAGUCUUGUCUGUGUCUGUGUCUGCCUUUCUCCUUUUUAAAGGAGCUGCUAAAUUCAGAGGUUGCUCGUAAUCACAAGCGUCCCUGACCCCAGAAGCUUGGGUGCCUCUGGCGUCUGUGUCACUGCCUCCGCAGAUGCCGACCUCAGUCUCUUCCCCUCGCGUUGACCACAGUGGCCCCGGGUCUCCUGGACCCCUUGGCCAGCCCAUCGCUGCUCCACUCUGAAGAUGAGCCUGUGUAACAAGUGUCCUGGAGCCCCUGCUGAGUGUCCGCUCAGUGAGCCUCGGCGUUCUCACUCUCUCUUCUUUUCUC